AUGUCCUGCUCUGAGAAGUGCCAGCAGUGCCGGCCCUGCGAGUCUUGCUGCCAGUCCGGCGGCCCCUGCCCGCUGGCCAGCAGCUGCAAUGAGUCCUCUGUCAGGCAGAUCCAGAGCUCCCACGUUGUCAUUCAGCCGCCUGCUGUGCUGGUGACCCUGCCCGGCCCCAUCCUCAGCUCCUCCCCACAGAACACCGCCGUGGGAUCCUCCACCUCUGCUGCUGUUGGCAGCAUCCUCAGCUGUGAGGGAGUGCCCAUCAACUCUGGGGGCUUUGACAUCUCCUGCAUCACCAGCUGCUCUGGUGGCAGCAGAUGUUGUCGUCCCUGCUAA